AUGACAGAGAAUACAUAUUUAAAGGUAUUAGAAAUUUUUAGAUCAAAAAAGAUUCCAUCUACAUUUUUCAUUCUAACCAAAAAAGAUCUUUACAAAGUUAAUCAGAAUCUUUACGCCAAAAUCUUACAGGGCUAUGUCUACAAAUAUGAUAUAAUUUAUAUAACAGAUAACAACAAAGAAAACGGAAUAAAAUUUGAAACUGUUGAAAAUGGUACUGAAUCUGAUACGUCUGAAUUUAAAUAUGAUUAUCUUGACUAUAUUUAUCAUAAAUAUACACUUUUACCAUUUAUUACUGAUACACUGCCAUAUUAUGAUAAAGAGGUAGACUUUCUACCAGAAUCGAUAAAGCCUGUUAUAUCUGGUAAAAUUAUAUACAAAACACGUAUAAAUGUCACUAAUACAUCUCAAUAUCUAUUUUUCAUAUUAGAAACAGAUAACGAAUUAUUUAAAAUAAUAAUUUGGAAGGAAAAUCUAAAAUAUUCAUCUUUAAAUGUUGGAGAUUUUAUUGGUAUAACAAAAUUUAGAGCGGGUAAAGGCUAUCCACCACAAGGACAUAUUGAACAUAACGAAUUUAGCGAAAUGGGAUUUUUUAAUGUCAAAGAGUUAACUGUACAUGAAUUAUUCAAAUUGCCAGGACUUAAUACAAAAGAAACUUUUAAAAAUAUUGAACACUUUAAAAAUAUUUCUGGAUUUAUAAAAUACAGAAGUGUACUAAAUAGAAAAAGUAAUCAUGGCUACAGUGAAUACUAUCUUUUAAUGGUUGAAGAUGUAAAGGUGGUGUUGUUUUAUAACUCAGAUCUAAACUUUUAUAAUAUAGAAGCUGGUAAUCGUAUUGAAAUUACAAAUCUUCGUCAGAUAACGCGACAAAAUGCUACAUUUUACAUUUCUACAAUAUUUACACAGUUUAAAUAUGAAGAUAUAAACGAAUUUAACGAACUUUGUUCUACGUUUUUGCACGAAACGCCAUAUAAAAGAAAGCACGAAGAUAUUUUUGAAGAUGAUACCCAACAGAAACGAAGCAAAAAUUCUUGUAUGAACGAUAAAAAUACUGAUUUAGAAAUUAACACCAGUUUAAUAAAUUUAAGUAAUGAAGACGUUAUGCAUCUAAUAGAUGAUAAUACAGUGACAGUAAAUUUGGAGGUUGUUACUCCUGAUACCAAAAUGUCACCCGAUAUUAUUGAAAAUAUUAAAUCUCAAAAACGAAACAACUCAAUUUUAUGUGAAAAUACAUUUAUUGAAAGUGCCUUUGGAUUCUUACCUGACUCUUUUGAUGAUUUUGAAGAAUCAUUUGAUAUCAUUAAUAGCCAAAAAUUUACCCUUACACAUUUUUUUUGUCCAAAACAAAUUAAGUUAGAAGAAUUAGAAACAUAUUGUAAUAGACUUGUUAUUAACGAAAGUGAUAAAUUUUUAAUUUCUGCAAAAAUUAAAGAUAUAAACGAUCAUAAAGAAUUUUCUGAUUAUUAUAUAAGCUAUGUAAAUACUAAUUGUAUUGAAAAUCAAUAUCCUAUUACAAUUAAUAUUGAAAACUACAAAGACUUUUUUUUAUUUGAAAACUUUUUUGCGAAGGAGUGUGAUGAUGUUUACAAAAAUAUUUCUACAUGCAUUGGAAGAGAGUGUGAUAUAAUUUUACACGUUUUUAGAGCUAGUAUUGACCUUGUAAUUUAUAAUGUAAGUAAUAUUCGGUUUAAAAAGUUAUAA